AUGGGCAUGAAAGGACGCUGCCAAUGCUCCAAAAUCGAAUUCACCACCCCGACAGAAGAACCCCUCGCGCUAUACGCCUGCCACUGCACAGAAUGCCAACACCAAAGCUCCUCCGCCCACGGCAUCACGGCCAUAUUCCCCUACUUUGAGCUCCCCGAAUCCACCACCGACCUCGUGGGAACAUACACUCGCACUACCCUCAAGGGACGCCAGAUGGACUGCAUAUUCUGCAAGAACUGUGGCGCUCGCAUCUUCCACAGUUUUCGGGAUUUGAUGCCCGCGCCGGGGGAAAUGCCCGGUCCGACGGCUACCACGAAUGUUAAGGGUGGUUGUUUGGUGGGGUUGGAUAAGGAGAUGAUGAAGGGUGCUGUGCAUAUUUGGACCCAGCAUGCUAUUGUUGAUAUUCCGGAGGGGGCGGAGAGAUAUGAGAGGGAGCCGCCGCAGGCGAAUCCGCUGGAGUCUAAGAGUUGA